AUACCUUCAUCGCAUUUUUAGUUAAUAGUCUCGAGGAAGAUGUCAUAUGUGUGGUAUUGCGGAAUGUCGAAAUUCGAGUGUGUUAUCGUGUAUACAAUAUAUGUACCUACUUACACUUGGUGUAAUUAUUAAUUAAUUAGGUAUUGAUAAUGUGUAUAGCGAUAGAGCUGUUAUCGAUAUUGCGAUAUCUAACUACGUAUUCCUAGAAUAAUGUAAAUGUAAAAUCUCUAUUUUUUGAAAAGUGAUUCGCGUUUUCGUUCUAUCGAAAGUAUGUCGGAAAUUUAGAUUCAUCAUAAUAGUUAAAAAGUGUUCAGUAUUAUAUUUUCGAUAUCAUCACAGUGUUGGCAAUGAAGUCAUCGAAAUAGAUCUCUCAUUUUCAUCAAUAUGAGCGGAAAACGAGAGAUAAAUGUCAGUUAUAUUUCAAAUCAUUUAAAAUGUGCUAUGUAUCAAGAAUCCUGGCAGCAGAUUCGAAACUUUCAUUGUUGUUUCAAUAAAGACUCGCCAUAAAGGCCACACGAAAGCUGGUAUGAAUCAAUCAGAGCUAUUCUGCGGCACAGCAUGGAACGAAACGCAAUUUUUCAUUACAAAAUACCUAUACGGUUCGGUGAUCUUGGUACUGGAGUCGAUUGGAACACCUUUCAGCAUCUUGACUGUGAUAAUAUUCGCUAAGAACGUAUUCUCGUCAUCAAAUAUCCUAUUCAUAAGCUUAGCCAUAUCCGAUUUGAUGGUACUACUCUUGGGAAUCCCUCAGCUAUGGUUCAGAAUCUCGCAUAAUCACAUUCAUUACAAGCUAGAUCGAGGAUCGUAUACUGAUUUCGAGAAGGUCGCAGAUCACUGGUUGGCUACUGGUCAAAAGAUAUUCUACAAUAUAUCUUUAUAUCAGACGAUGAUAUUGGCCAUAUGGCGAUACAUAGCCAUUACUCUUCCUUUGAAGGAACGAAUAUUUUGCAAUGUUAGGAUGACGUUGGCUGGAGUACUGACUGUUUAUACGUUAUGCUUUUCUUACUUCGUGCCAGAUUUAUUACAUGUUCCUCCGACAACUGAAGCUGACAACGAUAAAUUUGAAGCACAACAUUCGAAUUUAUUUUACGAUCUGUUCUACAUAAUUGUACUGAAACUGAUACCGUGCACCAUUGUCACCAUUUGUACUGUGAGAUUUAUUCGAGUUCUACGAGAAUCGAAAGCCAGACGCAAAGAAAUGAUACCAAACUUCAACAAGGAACUGGAAGAGAAAGAGAUACAAAUGAAUCGAACCACAAAAAUGGUGCUCGGAAUAACGAUUUUUUUCUUAACUAAUAAUACUGGUUUGACCACUGGUAGGAUUUUGAUAUUGAUUUUUGGUCAGAAAUUCAAAAAAGAUUGUUUUCCGGCAAUCUUAUGCAUUAAUAAUCUCCUAGUGUUAAUUUAUACUGUAAUUCCUUUCGUUGUAUAUUACGUUACUAGUCAACAAUUUCGUGACAAUUUCAAGGCGUUGAUGCCUUGUAAAAGAUGUGUUUUGUUUCAAGAUAAGAACAAUACCGUUGAUUUGACUGAGUUUUUAGAUAUAGAAAUGAGUAAGGAUACCUCGGUGUCGAGUUGUGUGGGAAAAAAAUGAUGAAGGAUACUACUGAUAUUAUUUUUUUCAAAAUUCAUUGGAUCUCGUGUAUAUAGAAUUUUGUGUUAUCAAAUAAAAAAUGUUAAAUAUGUUGAAUGAAA